UUUAAAACGAAACAGAGCAUGACUUUGCCGUUUUUCUUUAAUCUUCGAAAUUCAUUCCGAUCAGUCGUUGUUGUUAAUUGAAGAGGCCAAGCAAUAAAAUUGUUUUCUAUUGCGAUUAAUUGGCUGGUGUUGAUUAUAAUAGUAUGCUUCGAGUGUGUUACGUCUGUUGAUGCAACAAUAUUAAGUUCUGUGCAGUCUGUUUCGAAUUCGAUUGAUUCAAACGCGUUGUGAAAUAUGGCAUUCAUCCAUGAACUGAAAAACAAUCCACAAAAGAGUGUGAAGACGGGCCUUAUCGGAUUACUGUUCAUUGCACUAGGGAUUUUCACUUCCGCGCUGGGCCCAGCUCUACUAGACCUUCAGCUGCUAUCCGACACGACUAUUUCACGAAUUGCAUUCCUCUUGCCAGUUAGAUCAUUCGGAUAUGCUAUUGGAAGUGUGAUUGCUGGAAUAUUAGGUGAUAUGGUCGAUCAUCAGCCUCUGAUCAUUGGCUCCACAAUUUUGAUGACUACUUCGAUGUUCUUAUUCCCCUUGUUUUCGCACAUCAACGUGAUGUACGUUCUGAUUGCAUUGGCGGGGCUUUCAAGUGGUUGUAUCGACUGUAUCGGCAACUGUUGGAUCAUUCACAUUUGGGGCAAAGAGAAUCCUCCGUUCAUGCAAAUUAUCCAUUUCAUGUACGGUUUGGGUGCACUCAUCGCACCGUUUCUUGUGGAACCGUUUCUGCUAAAUAAAGAAGUGGACGACCUUGAAAUUCACACCUCCAACUCGACGAUUUUUCCUGACGUUGCAGCCGCCAAUUAUUUGAUGAUUCAUUGGCCGUUCAUUAUUGGAUCCACUUAUUGUUUGCUGGUACUGGCGCUGGUUGUGCUUAAUUACAUUUUAUAUCCGGACAAUCCGGUCCAUCCAUCUCGGCUGAGGAAGAGCGACAACAAGGACGUUGUCGAGUGCGGAAAAAAAGACAAAUUUCAGCUAAAUGAACCACUGAGUGGCAAUGUUAAGAUCAUGGUCAUAGUGAUAGCCUCAGUGUGUAUGCACGCAUAUGUGGGUCUGGAGAUAUCGUUUGGCUCCCUGCUCACCCCAUUCGCCGUCAAAUCCGAUUUAAAUUUGACCAAAUCGCAAGGAUCAUUCAUAACGGGCAGCUACUGGGCAACCUAUACAUUUCUGCGCAUUUUCACUCUAGUACUGAUUGUCUAUUUGCCAUGCAGAACGCUGUUGAUCGGCGACUUUAUCAUCAUCAUGUUCUCCAACUGCAUCCUCGUUCCGUUCGCAAACAGCCAUGAAUGGGCUCUAUGGGUCGGGUCCAGUUUGAUGGGUCUGGGCUGUUCGUCCGUGUUCGCAACAAUGUUUGGCUUCGUCGAACAACUCACGCCUAUCACUGCAAGGAUUACGGCUGGUUUUAUGGUCGCAGCUUGUGCCGGUGAAUUUGUCAUCCCUCUGGUCGUGUCGCAGUACUUAGAAGGAUGGCCGCCGAUUUUUCUGUGGAUUGUAUUGCUCUACUCGACUAUUGCGUUUGCAUGUGUCAUCGGGCUGGUGUUUUUCCAGUACAGACUUCUAACGAAGCAAAAGUUCAGACCAACUUCGAGCUAACUAACUCGAAUCAAGAUGUACUUCGUAGAGCCUGUGGCUUUGAUAAUAAAAAUUUGAGAUUGCGAUCAGA